GCGCAUGCGCGGGGGGUCCUUCUCGGGAGAGGCGUCAAGAUGGCGGCCGCGCGUCGUCUGGGGGCGGCGCUGGGGGGCCGCUUUUGUCAUUUGGGAUUAAGGAGUACGAAUGUAUCAAUUAAACAACAAUACCGUUUUGUUACACCACACAAGUCUUUCCUGUUUCCUGCAGUGCCACAGAUGUCAGUGAGGUCUCUAUUUAUUCAGACACAGGACACUCCAAAUCCAAACAGCUUAAAGUUUAUUCCAGGAAAACCAGUCCUGGAGUCCAGAACGAUGGAAUUCCCAUCUCCUGCUUCCACCUACUGCUCUCCAUUAGCAAGACAGCUCUUUCGGAUUGAAGGCGUUAAAAGUGUAUUUUUCGGAACAGACUUCAUUACUGUCACAAAGGAAAGUGAGGAGGUGGACUGGAAUUUAAUAAAGCCUGAUAUCUACGCAACUAUUAUGGACUUCUAUGCUUCGGGCUUGCCCAUUGUUACAGAAGAGGUCCCUCGUACAGACACAGCCCCAUCUGAAGAAGACGAUGAAGUUGUAUUGAUGAUAAAAGAGCUGCUGGAUACCAGAAUCAGGCCAACCGUCCAGGAGGACGGGGGAGACGUCAUCUUUAAGGGCUUUGAAGACGGGAUCGUGCAGCUGAAGCUGCAGGGUUCGUGCACCAGCUGCCCCAGUUCCAUCGUCACUUUAAAGAGCGGAAUACAAAACAUGCUGCAGUUCUAUAUUCCAGAGGUGGAAGGUGUGGAGCAGGUUGUUGAUGAUAAUGAAGAAAAAGAAGUGAAGUCAACCUGAAUCAGGGAAGAGCCCUGGACUGUGGGCAGAAACUAUGUGCCUGGUGGGUUUGUCUAAAUUGGCCCAAUGCAGUUUCUUCAUUGGGCCAAUUCUAUUAUUGUUUCACUGUAUAAGAAAACAAGCAAAUAGGAAGAAUCUUUGCUUUACAUGAACAAAAAGAGGAAAGCACACAGAAAAGGCAGGUUCCCAACAGUUUCUAAAAUACAUGCUUCCUCUCUUGGAUUCAAAUAUUUUCUGAAGUAUCUCCAAUUAUCUUCCUUGAAUAUCAGUUACCUAUUUAUUGGGCAGGCUCUCUCUCACUGACACUAUAGUCACUUCUGGACAUGAUUUGGUCAUAGAGCACUGCAUUUAAAAAAAAAAAAAACUUUUCCCCCCUGCUACUUAGAUUCCAAAAAUAUUUUUUUAAUUGCGCUCUCAUCAGGUGGUUUAAAUUUGUAGUUUUCAUUUUUUUAAAAAAACGCCCAUGAGUUCAAUAAAAUAUCUCUAAUACCACUGUCAUUUACCUUAUUUGCCUAGAAACUAUCUGAUAACACUUUGUUCCAAAAUUCAGCAGACUUCACUGUCCUCCUUGGUGAUCUCAAGGGAGCCAAACAUUCUUUUUACCACCGGAAUAGGAUUUUUUGCACUUGGAGCCUGAACACACGUAUUAUCACGCUUUGGAUGCAGAAUGAUGAUCUCGUGUGUGAAGUUGAACUUCUCCAGAAAAAAUGUCUUGAAUCUGUGGAGCAAACAAUCCAUUUGCAAGUCCUGCUUGGUUGCAGUGAGGUGUUCGUAGAUGCUGUGAUUGUAAGGAAAUAAUAGAAGUGUGUCGUGGGUCCAAUAAAGUCCACUAAGUGCAUUUACAUUUUAGAGGAAUGCAUGAAAAGAGGAGGAGCUUACACGGAGGCUUACAGAGGUUUUAUGUGCUGCUUCGUCUGUUUUUGGAAAAUAGAAGAACAACAUUGCUCAAACUUGGGGUGAAGCAGCUCCUUCCAUUGCAAAGCAUAGCAACUGAGACAUGACCCUUGCAAGGCGACAUUCCAGUAAGGAUCCAGGGGGGUUUGAAACGGCCGAUUUCAAAGGUUUAAAAUCAGUUUAAAUUAAAGCAAUUGGUAUGUAAUUCUGAAUGUGGUCAUUCUAGAACUUUGCCUGCACAUUGUGAAUAAAGACGCACCGUGGCUCAAACUUA